GAGCGCGCGUGUUAUGACAAUAAUUCAAAAUUCGAACACAAUUUUAAAACCAUUCGCGUUCUGAAAUGAAAUUUUGACGCCGCGUUCGUUGAACAGCAUUCGAAUUUUGAAAAGAUAUAAUUUUGGACUGAUUGAUUGGUUCGGCCGCUGCGUGUGUGUGCUGCGUACAACAGAAUGUGGAUAACCUGGCGCACAUGGUUGGUCGCGGCGAGCGUGUGCGCGUGCGCAGCGCAACGCAUAGACCAGGAGCCGGUGCUGUCGCCGCGCCAGUCGCGCGUGCGAGACCGGGAGCUCAAGCCUGAUGAGCCCACGUGCGACCAGCUGAAGGCUAUGUGGAGGUUCUCAAAGAGGCAGGCAAGAGCUCCAGAGAUAAUGAACGAAGUGAAUUCGUAUCGCGACCCUCUGCUGUAUAACGAGUGGCCGGUAUACACUGCAAUGCCCCGACCUGCCCCGAGGUUCAGAUACCAAUACCCGCCGAUGCCCCGCGAAGCCUACGGCCGCGUGAUCACCAAAGCACCCCCCAAUGCUGUGCGCACCCCUGACUAUGGAGAGAUGUUUGGAAUGCUAAAUGUGCCCCAUACUUCUGGAAAGAUCCUGCGGUACCCGGGACCCUCGCGACCUCGGGGUGCGUCUACGUUCAUGGUGCCCCCUCAACGUGACAGGUUCGAGGCUCUGAAGAAGUUGAUUAGGCAGGAGCACAUCCGUGAACUGCAAAGGAAAUAUGAAACCGAACAAAAGCAAGAAAUUAAAGAGAUUGCUGCUGGUCGAGGUGGUGACGACUAUGCUUACGGCGUGUAUGGAGAGCAAGAACCACGUGGUCUUCAGCCCGUUGAGUACCCCGCUGACGAUCCUACCAGACACACUAAAGUAAAACCCUCUGGAGGCCGGAGCCAGGUGUCGCAGUUCUCCCGCUACUCCGACGUGAUGCUGCCCCCGGCCCGCCGCGCGCUGUACCGCCCGGAGCCCUACCUGGCGCUCGCGCUGCCCGACCUCGUCCCCUACUACUGAACCCUCGCGCUGAGGACCGACACAUUCCACGGGACACCCUCCCACGUACAAUUUCUCAGGCUUUAAACACGAUAUAUUAUCAGUAUUACCAUAUCUACUAUGUACACCAUAUCGCUUAUGCUUCGGACGCGAGCUUUUGCAUUAUUUUUAUAUAUGUGAAACUGAAUUUUGACGUAGACGCGAUUUUAUCUUGAGGAAUAUUUUUAUAGUGUAAGAUUAGUAUCUUCUAGGACUUCCAGAUGACAAUAAUUCCCUUUUGAUUGAUUAACGUAUACACGAUCAAUUACUCUCGCCGGUCAGCCGGCGAAGACAAUAAUUUAAUCGUAUUUAGAGUUUUACAAUCGGUGUUUAUUAGAUUAAGAAAUAAAAUGUUUGUUAGAAUAAUUAAAUUAUCGGCCCGAGGGUCGCUGUUUGAAGCUUGCUUACUGUCUCAUCGUGUGGUCUCGACUUCGAGCGCGAAUCUUCCACGGGGUUUAGUCUGAGCCCGACGACUUCGUGGAAUACCCUUUCCGCGACAAUAAUACACAAAGUCUGUAAAUUUAUUUUAUAUAAUACAUAUUAUUUUUAUUGAAUAUAACGUUUAUGAAGGUACAUUCUAGUCAAUCCUGGUCAAUAAUUUCGAAAGAAUGACUGUUAGCACAAAAUUGAUUUUACAUGCAUUUAUUAUAAAUAUAACAUGAAUAAAUAUUAAUCCCGUAAGUAGUUUGUUUGAAUAUUUAUAUGAAUAAUUAUUGUUGUGAUUAGUCGCUAAGAUUAUUACCAUAAUAUUUAAUAUUGUGUUUUUCAAAAGCCUUCGAGACGGCUAAGUCGGUUUCGGCUGUGCGGGGCGCGCGAAAAGAAAUUUGCAAUUUUUGGGUAAUAAAUGGUUUGCACAACCGGAUCCCGACAAAUAAUGCUUUAACUACAUUUAAAUGUUUCAUGUUUAUAAUAGAUUAUUUGUAAAUUAGCAAAGCGCGACACGCGCUCUUUUAUCGAUAAUCAUGCUAGGUGGUAGGUUUGUAUGCAGCCUAAUGUAACAUGUCCAUAAACAAUGUUGCGUUUAAAAAAAUAGACUAGAAAUAAUUUUGAAAAUGGAAUUAUACAUUGACAGGGCCGCGCAAUGGCGGCUAUCGAUAUUUUUUUUAAUUGUUUUUCACUGAAAUAGGCUGCGAGGAGAUGUUGUUAACUAUUUACUUAUUAGAUAUUAUACUUAUGUAUUUAUUGUGUCAAAUCUUUCGACUUGUAUAACGACGUACACCGUCGGCAUAUUAAACUUACAGACUAUAAAAUUUGGCUUUAAAAUAUUGUAUUACUUACAUUACAGCUUUAAGCUAGUCAAUCUAUUCGUUAUCCUUCUAUUAAUUAAUGGACGCACGUCCUAUCCUACAUUACUAUUGUAUACAAUAUAAUUUAUUUAUAUAUAAUAUUUUAACAAUAUUCUGUAGAAAUUUACAAACUUAUUUUAUUAUCUAUGGAUCGAUUUAAUGUUUAGGAUCUUGUUUAGCAUGUCAUACAUAUUCUGAACUUAAAUGUUAAAAAAAAUAAUUGGUGUACUUAGAUCGUGCGCUACAUAUCUGCAGUAAGCGAUACAUAUGUAAUAUCAUAUCAAAAUUUUAAAAAUAAAUUUUGAGAAUCAAUUUGUGGAAGCUACGACAAAGUCCUGUGGCGUUCUCGAUUGGAAAAUGUUAAUUAAUGGAUACCACAGAGAUAUUGUUUGAGCUUUCACAAAUCAUAGUUUAAUUAAUUGACAAUAAUGUAUGCUAAUAUAAUACGGCAUAAUUGUAAACGUCGACAAUAAAUAAGAGGAAUCUUUGACAAUAAAGUGUUUAGAGAGGAAAAAAAUAAUUGUACUUAAGAUACAUAUUGUAAUUAUCCAUAGUAUUAAUAUUUAAAAUUUUAAUUGGUGUUUUCGUUUUUCGAAAUAAAAAUAGUCACAUAC